AUGUUUUCUCCCCAAGCCAUCAACUCGUCAUCCGUUGCAUCCAUUCCCCUCUUCAUCUUUGUCUGUUUCAUGUGGCUCUCUUCAGCCACAACUAUCACCCUUGAAUCUCCGAGAACAUUACCGUCCGAAUAUUACUCCGCGCUUUCUAGGAUCAGAAACGGACUAGGGGUCUACGACAUCAUCCCACCGCCUUGGGCAGAAGCCGCCAAAUCCGCGUCUCUUGGCGGAGGUUUUGGAAGAGUCAGACUGGGACGCUCCACGAACAACGAGACAAACGCGGAGGAACUGAAGGUUGUUUGA